AUGACGAGGCUUCUCAAACGAGACACGCAGUCAAAGGUAGUGAUCUGGAAUCCGCCUAAAACCAAUUCUUUUUCUCGGCAGCGUGCCGGCGGCGGUCCACCUGUACGGCUAGUGGACAUGUCUCUGAACCCGAAUCAAAAGGCCUUGGAUGAGAGGUGUCGGCUCGGGAUGGCGACCGAAUUUCUUUUCCAAAAACCCAGCCAAGUAUACGGACGCUAUUUCCCGGUUCGAUU